CUUCCGCUGGCAGCCCUGAGAGCGGUGAGGUUCCGAUGAAAGCAGAGAUGAAGGUCGGGUGCCUUUCCUUCCGCCAACCCUACGCUGGGCUGGUUUUAAACCAGGUCAAGACUAUAGAGACUCGCUGGCGGCCGGUGCUUGCCAAGUACCGGAACCGCACCGUAGCUGUUCAUGUCGCCGUUAAGGACUGGGAGGAUGAGUCGUGGAGAGCUAUUCUUUCGGAUAGGUUGGGAAUGACUCUGCAGGAAGUGCAAGAGCUGCUCGAUAAAGGGGAGCAAUUCGGCAGAGGAGUUAUCGCAGGAUUAAUUGAUAUUGGAGAGACAUCCCUGUAUCCAGAUGAUUUACCUCCUGAAAAGAUUCUGGAGCUGGAAAACAAAGCUGUUCUCAGUAAUCUAGAACAGAAAUACUUGACUGUUGUUUCAAAUCCAAGAUGGCUCCUGGAACCAAUCCCUGCAAAAGGGAACAGAGGAGUGUGGCAGGUCAACAUCCCUGAUGAACUGAUCCCUUCAGAAUCAUGAGUCACCCCACACUGUGUUUUCUCCUGCCUAAAUGCAAACUUCUUGACAAAUCACCUUCUUAAAUACUGGGGAAUUGAUUAGUAUUCCUUCCAAAAGUAAUUGCUUGAGGAAUUGCUGUUUUGAAGAGAGAUAAUCAAGAUCCCAUUUUUUAUGACCAUUACUGAAAAUGAGUGAUGUUUUACCAGAUUUUUUAAUGUACAUACAAGUGUAAAUAAAUCAGAAUUUACUAAUGCAUGGUCAAGGUAACGUGCUGAUUUAAAAUGACACCACCCUAAUGUCACGUGAUGCAUUUGUAUCUAGUUAUACAAACAAAAAAGGGUCUUCAGAAAAAUGAAGCUAACACUAGCAACCUCUCAGUCAGCUGCUAUAUCUGAAGCAAUUUCUUCAAAUUUGGAAUUACAAACCACCCCUGGGAAACAGAACUGCUUAAGAGAUUGCAUUAAUCUUGUGCAAUGAUUGUGAACUCUUUUCUCACGUGAAACAGCGUGAAACAACUACCAUACUUCAUUUCUAAAUGAAACUUUAUUUCCUGGUGGCAAGCCCAGACAUUCUCUUCAAUGAAAGCUAGUGAUGCCCACUCCUCUUGGUUUUGGUCUGUGGCUGUUCUCUUUUACGAGCUAAGCAGGAUUCCAGUUAAAAAAAAUCCAUGAGAACUGGAGAAGACUUCUUAUUAAGACAGGCUAUUUGAACAUUUGUAUGUCUUGCCUUGGAGCUGCUGAAAACAGAGCAGUUCCUUAUUCAGUCCUUAUUAAAUUUGGGCAGCAGUAGAAACAUAACUGAAAAGUGCAAAGAAAAGGAGAUCCUUGUCACCGUUUCAAGAUUGAAAAACAUGGGUGAUAAUUAAGAAUUUUAGCCUCAAAGUAUAUUAAAAAGGACUUUCAGGAGCAUUCUCUCCCUGUCAUAGGUUUAGAGCAGCUGGAAAUAUCCAACCUGCAUUUGAUCAGCAUAGAAACACUUCUUGAAUUCUAACCUCAAAAAUUCUGAUAAACAAAAGGCAGUCAGUGCAUCUUUAUCAUCCUUAGCUCCUACACUGAAAAUGCUCAUCUGAACAUAAAUGUGCCACACAAGAAUGUUCUGAGAAAUUAGCUCACGUGAAGAGGAUCUGACAUAUGCCCCCCAGCUUCUGCUUCAUCUAGAGAGCUCCAGUGAAAGCAGAGAUGGCUCCAAUGCCAAAGCUUGGAGGUAUUUUUUGCUGAAUGUCCAGAGAUGAAGGUCAUGAGUAAGAUGUUUCAUGUUUCCAAUUUCAAAACUUUCCAGUGGCCCUCUCCUUCCUUGCACUUCCUCCUCAAGCUAUUCUGCAUAAAUCACCACACACUGUCCACUAUCAUCCCACAGAAGACUUUGAAAUGGUGCUUUCAGAAAGGUUCCAGAGCUGCUUAAAAAGAAAGGAAGAAAGAAAGGAAGGAAGGAAGGAAAGAAAGAAAGAAAGAAAGAAAAAGAAAGAAGAUGGAAAAGCCUUUUCUUCAACUGGAGUUCCUGAGGUUGUUCCAGAAGCUUCUCUUUUGUCACGUACUAGGACAGAAGUUGAGUCUGCCAAGGUAACUAGCUUGUUUAGAAGACCAGCAAACUUUCUGGUGUAGAAAGCUCUAUUUUUUCUCAGCUUGGCUGAAUCCUUCAGCAUAAGGCAGUUACAGCACCAGCUGGGCUGCAUCCGGCUAGCCAGGCCACUAGGAAUGAUUGGCACCACCUGAGAAGUUGGUCCACUGUUUGGGCCACAGGGAGGAACAAAGUGGGCUGCAGUGCUAGAAAUUGUCAAAGAUCUUUGCAGCUUUUCAGUUGAACACCUUUCACGCACAUAAGACGCCGUACUAAGAGAGAGGAAACAUGAUCCACAAUAUUUAAGCUAAGCCAUGGGUUUGUGCAAACAGAAAAAGGAGGUACAAGGUACAGACAGCUGACGGUAGGUGGUAGAACUUUGUGGAAUAUAGGUUUCAAAGACUUUCUCCAAAGCAGCUGGAGGCCAAGAAGGCCUGUGAAAGCACAUCUCUCCUCAAAUGAAAAAAAAAAACUACACCAACAUGGACUAGUUACUAUUUUGAACAGUUUAAUCAUCUGUACUAAAGCUACCAUACAAAAAAAAUUGGUAAUGAAGACUGAGUUAGGAUAUUUAUAACAGCUAACCAACAGCUGUAAAACCUGCAACUAAUCUUUAACUGUAAGGGCUAGAGCUUUCAGAUACUCUUUCUCUCAUUAUAUUUGAUUUAUUUGCUUCAAUUCUAAUUAUAUUGGAUUAUAGUGUGUUAUCUUGCAUUCCAAUACCAUAUUUAGUGAAUUAGUUUGUUUCUUCUCAGAUUGUUGCCGCUGUUUGUUGUUGGUUUUUUUUUUUUAAUUAUUUUGGGGUCCCCUGUUUCCCUUUUCCGAAGGCAUGGAUUUUGUGAAAUCCCUCUGCCCCGCUGGUCACAGAACUGGGCUGAACCAGCCUGUAAAUCAUUGACUGGUACGUUGUGAAAUUCACUAGAAGACUGAAAAGGAAUUAGCAGCACGUAAAUAAGGCCAUGAAAUUGUCACAUUUUGUGUGUGUGUAUUCAGCACUUGGUGUGGUAAGUGGUAAGCUGACUUUAGUGGGUUUAGUGGCAUGUAAGACAGCAAAGUAUGCAACUGUGAAUAUGAAAAAGGAAAUUCAUUCUGAUCUUGGCAGAUGAUCAGCUCAUUUUUAAGAUCUUAGAUCCACAUAAUUUUGACAACUUCGGCUCCUUCGGAUUCUAACACCAAUUUAUUUGCAGAACAGUGUUUAACGUGAUAAUCUCAACUACAGAAAAUUUUACAAGUUUGGUCUACUUUUCAGAAAAGUGUAUCUCACUUCAGUAUCUCUAAAUUUGUUUUCCUUAGAGUAUUCCUUAUUUUAAUUUUUUGGUCAAAUAAAGACUGCAUGAUUCUCA